UGCCCCAUCAUUGGUGUCAGUGGGAGGAAUAGUGCCCCAUCAUUGGUAUCAGUGGGAGGAAUAGUGCCACGUCAUUGGUGUGUCAGUGGGGGGAGGAAUAGUGCCCCAUCAUUGGUGUCAGUGGGGGGAGGAAUAGUGCCCCAUCGUUGGUGUCAGUGGGGGGAGGAAUAGUGCCCCAUCGUUGGUGUCAGUGGGGGGAGGAAUAGUGCCCCAUCGUUGGUGUCAGUGGGGGGAGGAAUAGUGCCCCAUCGUUGGUGUCAGUGGGGGGAGGAAUAGUGCCCCAUCGUUGGUGUCAGUGGGGGGAGGAAUAG